GUGAGGCCGACGCUAUGGGCAGAAGACAAUGGCCUCUCCUCCUUGUGCUGACAGCAUGCGUUGUCGGUGGAGCAGAUCGGGAGACGAGGUGGGUCAAGGUCACACCUGACCGGGCCAGAGGUCACCCCGACGAACAUCAACACGUCAGUAGCGCCAUGCAACUAAGGGCUGAUGGAAACGCUCCAGUUCUUGAGUGCCCCGCCAGUGCCGUUUGGCAUGCCGUUUUAGACAAGGACAGUGAAGAAGCGUGCAAGCUACGAGGAGGACUUAAUCCAGAAUGUCCAGAUCUCUCUGGUCUCAUAGUCUUCCUCAGCGAAACGCAGACCAAUCAAAGUUUUACGGUGUUGGGCGACGGAAAAAUCGAUGUGUAUCUGAAGGAAUCCAGGCUGGGAAACUUUAAACUGAUGUACAAAUGCUCUUCAUCCAACGAAAGCAAGUUUACCUACAAACAAAUAGCCGUUGGGAAUCCACCUUCGGAUGUGGAGAACUUAACGUGUAUAUCUGCAAACUGGGAGUAUUUGAAUUGUUCUUGGACGCAGCCAUUCAAUCCUGCCCAAGAUAAUGAUUAUGGAGCUUUCCUCUACAACAGGACAGGGCAUUGCAACAAUGGCGACGACCAGUGCGUUGCCACGACCGACAUUGGGUACAGGCCAGAGGACCCCUACCCUCUUUUGAUCUUCAUGACCGAGAACGUUCUUGGAGCCGCGAACUUCCCCCAUAUCAUUGACAACUGGGCUUCAAUGUUACCAAAUCCUGCCGAAGACUUGGUGGCCGAAGAAAUGUCUCCCAUAAAGAUCUCAGUAACUUGGACGUCCCCUUCUCCACUAAUGGACUUUCCCCCGGGGCUCUUCUACCGUUUAGAUAUAUACUCUCUUAACCCUCCUGUUUCUACCGUGCCUACAAUGGGGAAAUACAGUAACAGCAGCACCUGGCAAGUGAUAACUCAUAUACCAUACCCAUGGCUUACUUACGAUAUGAAGCUGAGACUCCGCUCCGGACGAAGGAACGCCACGACGGACGACCACUGGGAUGAUGGCUGGUCGUCCGACGCCGUCAUCGGGAAAGUCGAAGUAAAGCCAACAGCGCCGUGGACAGCCCCAGAGGUGGGCAUCGGGACGUUUCGGGUGAACCGGAGCGAAGACUUAACACGCAUGGAUCUGACGGUGAUGUGGCGCCCUCUGCCCCGCCUGCUGCACAACGGCCCUGGUUUGCGGUAUGUGGUGAUGUGCUCGAAUUACAGCGAGAUUGUCAAUACAACAGAGCCAGUGGCAACUUUCUCAGAUCUACCUACAAGUUCAUACAGGGUGACUAUACAGCCUGAGAAUACUGAAGGAAAAGGUAACGAAACGUCACAAAUAAUCAUCGGUGAGGAUUUACCACCCGCUCCCGCCUUGUCUGUGGUCGUCUUUCACAGAACCACAGGGCAGUAUGAGCUAAGAUGGGACGGAGAAAAUGACUACACUUACACAGUAUAUGUUUGCAUCAAUGACAGCUCCAACGAAGACUGCAAGGGGUUUCUGUAUUGGAAAAAUGUAGGAAACACGUCAGCCGUGAACGUCACCCAGCAAGAACUGAACCUCACCCAACGCGCAUCGAAACCGCGCUUCGCUCUGUCGGCGGAAAACGAAGCGCGUGAAUCCAGCGGCAUGGCGUGGGAUAGGUGCUCCCGCCCACAGGACUACGACAGCAACCCAAAACCACCUAUUAUCGAGAUUACUGAUACGGACGAGAACAUAAUUUUGAACUGGAAUCUGUCCUGCAUCAACCGCACAGGGAUAGUGGAGAAGGCCGAGGCUUCGUGGGGCCCAACGCAGCACAACUGCAACUCGCACAUUUCGAGCGAAACACAGAUUCCGAAACACGAUUUGAAGUAUAACACCAACUAUACCAUUUGUCUUCGACUCCUGUACCGAAGCGGUUAUUCGGACUGGUCUACCAAGACAUAUAGUAUGAAUAAAGAACCCAUGCCGAUUUUGAUCGUUGUUCUGCUGGCCAGCGCCUCCGUGGUGCUCUUGACCUUUUUGGCUCUGGUAGGGAGACUAAUCCUCAGAAACAUUAACAAAACUCGCAAGGCGCUGACGAGACGCAUCAACGUGCCGUCUGUUCUGACCGAAGAGGGCGAUGGCGCGGCACAGAAAGACCUCCACGGCAGCCGCGGUGACCUCGAAGCGCCUGGCAUAGCACUAGAAGAGGGAAAACACAGCCCCAGAGACAAAAUACACUGGCGUUCAACCGACGAUCAAAACCAGGAAACCAGCCUUCAGUCAAAAGAAAAGGAAAAGCAAUCAUGCAUACACGGUAUAAACGACACCGAAGGUCAACAUGUAAGAAGUUGCAACGGCUACGUCCUCGCCCACGACCCGGCUCUGCUCUCCAACCCGGAAGAGAAACAGGAUCGGGGACAACCUAAUAACAAGGAUGAAAGGACGGGCGUUGACAUGUGUGACGAUAAGAAGGAUGAUCGUUCUCCUCCGUUCGCUUCGAAGGGUUAUGUUCAGUGUUCAGCGAUGACGGAGCGCCUAGUUAGCUUGCAGUGACGGAUGGAACGUUUAAUCUCACGAUGGCCGAGGCUCUGCUGCUCUUACAUCAAGCUGGCCUGAGAGUCACAUUCUCUUUCUGAAAGGCAAGCAGUUGCUUUAUAUUAAGUAAGCGAAACUCAUAUUUACAGCAGAAAAUUCAGAAUCGCGUGUUUCUACCACAACCAAGAUGAACACCAAGUGGUUUUCCAUGAGUUAAGGAAGUCUUAUCUUUUCGUUUACUUAAGUGCUUAUAUAUAUUAUAAUUGUCACUAUGUUUAUUGAUUUAUUAAGCUUUAUUGAAUACCUACUGAGAGAAGAACAAUGUGAUAAAUAAAUAUAUAUAUAUAUAUAUAUAUAU